GAAUUCAAAUAUUUUAUACAUAUAUAUGUUUAUAUAUAUAAUUUAUAUUGUCUGUGUAUAUAUAUAUAUAUGCUAGUGUGUGUGCCAGUUCAGCCGGUUUUUGGACUGGGGGAGGAAACCCCCGCAGCACAGGGAGAACAUGCAAAACAUGUUCAUGCAAACAGAACAUGCAAACUCCGCACACACAGCCCCGGCGGGAAUCGAACCCCGGACCCUGGAGGGGUGCGGCGAACAUGCUAACCACUAAGCCACUGUGCACACACGAUCAUAUAUGUAUAAUCAUACUGAUGGCUCACUGAUGCGCAUGGUUCGUGAAGGCUAACCCAUCUAGUACGAUACCACAGAAGAGCUACUUUAGCAUAAAUUGCUGAAAAAGUUCAUGCUGGCUAUGAUAUAAAGGUGUCAGAACGCAAAUCAUAUCAUAGCUUGCUGCGUAUGGGGCUGUGUAGCUGUAGACCGGUCAGAGUGCCCAUGCUGACCUCUGUCCACUGCCAUGGGCUUGUGAGCAUCAGAACUGGACCAUGGAGCAAUGGAAGAAGGUUGCCUGGUCUGAUGAAUCAUAUUUCCUUUUACAUCAUGUGGAUGUCUGGGUGUUUGUGCGUCGCUUACCUGUGGACUGGCUGGCACCAGGAUGCACUAUGGGAAGUAGACAAGCUGGCAGAGGCAGUGUGAUGCUCUGGGCAAUGCUCUGCUGGGAAAUUAGGUCCUGACAUUCAUCUGGAUGCUACUUUGACACGUAGCACCUAUGUAAACAUUGUAGCAGACCAAGUUCACCCCUUCAUGGCAAUGUUGUUCCCUAAUGGCAGUGGCCUCUUUUAGCAGGAUAAUACGCACUGCCACACUGCAAAAAUUGUUCAGGAAUGGUUUGAGGAACAUGACAAAGAGUUCAUGGUGUUGACUUGGCCUCUAAAUUCCCCAGAUCUUAAUCAGAUCGAGCAUCUGGGGGAUGUGCUGGAUAAACAAGGCUGAUCCAUGGAAGCCCCACUUCACAACUUACAGGACUUAAGGGAUCUGCUGCUAACAUCUUGCUGCCAGAUACCACAGCACACCUUCACAGGUCUUGUGGAGUCCAUGCCUCGACAGGUCAGAGCUGUUUUGGCGGCAUAAGGUGGACCUACACAAUAUUAGGCAGGUGGUUUUAAUGUUAUGGCUGAUUGGUGUAUAGCAUGUCAUCUGGAAUGAAUAAAUAAAUGUUUCACUUGUGUAACACACUGCACCCAGUGAGACACUUUACUUAGUGGCAAUUAAAGUUUGUUAGUAUUGUGCCUCUUUCUGGUUCUAGUUUGUAAAAAAUCACGCAGGUCAAGUGAAGCCCUUAACAGCACACUAUAAAAUGUCUGAAAACAUUUUCAAGCUAUUUUCUGUUGGAUAACAGGAAUAAAAGCUUGUUUAGACUUUAAUCUGAUAAGCAAUUAAUUCGCAAUAAACGGAAUUUAAACAUUUAUUUACAUAAAGGCAAACCAUACAUCUCUAUAGGCUAUUCGUUAAACUUUACUAUUAAACGCCAUAAAGCUGAGCACUUUCAUGUGGACUGCAGCUGUCAGUGCACCUGAAAACUGCUGGCCAUAUGAAAUGAUGGCAUCUGAGUGACAGGUAAGAUAAUCAGCCCCAUGGUCCCCUCUUCACCCCUCCUCCUCCUCCUCCUCUUGUUAUACCGGCAUGUCAGAGCCUGUGGGAUGGGGUUCCUCUUGCAUUUACUUUCAGUCUGGAUGCUGCUGCCGCUGCUGCUCCGAUCCACUUGGAUGUCCCUCUUCAUGAAGGAGGGUCCUAUCUUUCCCACUUGAUCGCGCACUUAUUUUUUGGCGAUCCGAAAGCAACUUUAAAGAGUUCAUCCGCAUUUUUAAUCUAAACAACGGAGAGCCGAGAAGAGUUGGCCGUUGUCUUGACCGGUGCAAAGCAUGAAGUUCCUGGAGGCUGCGCGCGUCUCGGUGCUGCUGUUGGUGCUGCUGGUGGGGGAUCACCGCGGAGUGCAGGGGAAAGCGGCUCGGCUGGAGCGCUGGGUGAAAGCUGGACUGCAGUACCUGAAGGUGCACCUGUGCCGCAGGGUGGCUUUACCGGAGAGCGAGUGUCGCAGGCUCGCUCAUCUCCAUCCCAGCGGAAUAGCGGUGUAUACUUCAGAGUCUGGUUCUGGUAAAGUGCUCGCCAUCCUGCCCGACUCGCACCCCGCAUUAAAAGCGAGUCACAGUGCGGGUGCGCUUGCUGCUGAGCGCGGGCUGGAGCGGGAGCGCUUCACCGACGUGAGCGCGCAUGACGCCGUGCUCGUGCUGGACCCGAGUCCCGGAGAGAGCUUCGGCCACCCCGUCCUGCUCUUCUACCUGGACUUUAACAUGGCCAAGAAAAAGUGUGCUCAUAUGGAGGGGAUUUAUUUGGGAGAGGAGUGUAUGACUCUGGCCCUGAAGACUCGCUGUCAGAACCAGCUGAAGCGGAGAAGGAGCCGCAGCGACCGUACGAUGGACCGCACACAGAUUCGGAAGAGUGUGGUGUCCAGAACAAGCCAUACAGAGCGUAGUAAUGGGCUCUGCGAGAUCCACUUCCUGCCCCGAGUGGUGGGAGUGAGGGACAGCAACCGAACGCAGCGCCUCCGCUGUGUAGAUCAUCCAGAGUUUGCUAGAUGCCCCCAGCCUUUGCCCCUCACUAGUCCAAGCAUGCCAAUCUCUAGCUGUGAACUCAAUAAAAACACCCGUCGAUGCCACCAGCAGCCUCUCGCCACACAUCUCUCCUGUCGCCUCUACCAGACCUGUGACCACGCAGUACUGCUCUCAGGUGGUUGGCAGGAACAGAUCACAUACCAGCAUCAUGAGCAGAAUCUGCUGCUCUUCUACCAGAUGCUAAGAAACAAUGGUUUUCAUAAGGAUCACAUUAAAACAUUCUUUGCUGGAAAUGGACAGGUAGCAGCUAAAGAGACAGAAGGAAUGUAUCCAGCCACAGAAAAGGAGGUAAUCAGGAACCAUAUCUCCUACAUCUGUCGCAAGCAGCACUGUGCAGACACAUUCGUGUUGUACCUGAACAGCCCGACCCGCAACGACGGAACCAUGCUGCUGUGGGACCGCAACAACAACGGCAUUGCAGAUCUAAAGGAGCGCUAUGCAGUAGGUGAGCUGCUGGCUGACCUUGCAGGCUGCAGGGCAAGUCGAGUUCUGCUUUUUGUUGAGCAGAGCUACACCGGAGUUCUCACUAAGAGACUAAAGGGCUCUCUUAAACACCUCAAUGUGGUGCUGCUCAACGGCCUGCCCUGGGUGAACACGGCCCAAUUCUGGGCCUCUCUGCACCCUUCCCACUGCCUCAUCGACCACCUCAGUAAGAAUGCUCUAAUGCCUCAUGUGGGUGAUGGGAUAAGCCUGCUGAACGUGACUUUGUCUGGAGCUCCCUGUAAUUCCACGCCACCUCUUUCAGAGGCUGAGAUGAAGAAGGAGUACAUGGGCUGUCAGAAUCUGCCAACAGCACUGUGGCACCAGGGCAGUCGAAAGGCUCACAACAAUGAGAGAAACUGAGAGACAAUGUUCAUUCUUCCAGUGCGGCCUCAUAAACUUCACUACCGGCAUCUAAUCUCAACUAGAGAAUGCUAGAGAUGCCAAACAUGUCUUUUUGCUCAUCUUAGUUCUUUACUAUGGAUUUUGAUCUUCGGUUGUAACAAUAGAUUCAGGCAGAAUGCUGCUAGACAAGAAUAAAAAAUGUGUGUAUAAAUUGUUGUUGCUCAAGUAGAGGUCAAACUGUCAUUAGAUGGACCCAGUCUAUCCAAAACAAAUGGACUGCGGUAAGAUGGAUGAAAAGAAACAUGCUGUCAUGAAGGCCACAGGAGUAUAUAUGGUUUAAGAGGAAGUGUUAUGUCCUCACUCUGAACCUCAGCCUUCCAUCUGCAGCAUCCCGGUGUUUGGCUCCUCCAGUGUUUUUGUCUACCCACUGUGGGGGUUCAUCCGGCGGGCAGCUGCACUUUUGCAUCUCUCCACAUUCAGAGUGUCCUGGCGCGGGUCAGUGCUCACAUCACAUCCUGGAGAUGAACCAUGGUGACUAUGCCAGUCUGACAUUUCAGGACAAAUCUAUGUUGCCCUUGCAGACAUGAAGGAGCCUAGGCAAUGCCAUCAUUUAGUCAUGAGAACUGUUCCUUCGACAAGCUCUACCCCUUCCAAGGCCACUUUCCCGCUCUAUUUAAAAGGAGUUCUGGUUUUUCAAGCAGUUUGACCUGUAUCGGCUUUGGCCUGUAGGUGACAGAACACAAACUAGAGGAAGACAUGUAGCUGUCUUACAGGUCUCUGCUGAAAUUUAUGUACAAACUUUCAAAGAUUAAACAAGGUCAAUAUAAGUCAGGAAUAAAAAGAAAAUUAGACAUUUUUUAAAAAGCCCCAGACAAGGCCUGGCAUUAUAGUUCUGAUUAAGCUUGUUUGUGUAUACGGUAUUUAAUAUAAAGGUGUUGUAAGAUCCAAUACCUCAGUUAUCAGUUAUCCCAUACCUUCAUACCUCUUUCCUGUGUACAAACACCCCUUAAACAAUGUUCGGUGCAUGUUGGCUAAAAAAUAGUUUAACAGCGUAUACCCAAGUGUAAAACUCAGCUGAGUCAAGAAAUAUUUCUUUUGUAUAGAACAGAAAUGUGUUUAUUCUGUAAAUGUCAUGUUGUGCUAAAUAAAUGAAUUUUAAUGUCACUUAAGAGGAUAUUAAUGUCCUCAUCUCAGUUGUUAAACUGUAGCUUGUGUGACCUUAUGUAAAUACUCAAAAUAAAUUAACUUUUGUACAUAA